GUGUGGACUUGAAAAAGAAGGUGGGGCAAAAGUAGGCGGACUGGUCGUCUCUCCUGUUCGUACUUUGCCAGGCUGAGUCUGAAAUUAGUGUUCGAGACAGACAGCCGUCAAACACGCCGCCGCCAUCAUGCUGAUUCUCCUCGCCGGCAUCUUUGCCCUGCACAUCAUCUGCAUCAUCCUACUCCUGGUGGCUACCAUCGACAAUGCUUGGUGGGUGACGGACACCCUAUCCACUGACGUCUGGGCCCGGUGGAUAUAUAUGAACGGACAGUGGAACUACACUGAUCUUCCAACAGGCUCCCAUUACCCACAGGACUACCUCCAGGCAGUGCAAGCCACCUCAGUGCUUGCCUGUAUAUUCUCCAUCCUGGGAAUCUUUGUGUUUGUCGCUCAGCUCUUCACUCUGAACAAAGGACAGAGGUUCACCAUCUCGGGGAUUUUCCAAGCCCUCGCCUGUCUCUGCAUCAUGAUCGCAGCCUCCAUCUACACAGACCGCUUCCAUCUCGACGAGAGCUUCGGCUCUUAUGGCCACUGCUUCAUCCUGGCAUGGAUCUCCUUUGCGCUCACAUUUAUCUCCGCCGUCACUUACUUUGUGCUACGCAAGAAGACGGCAUGAGAGGGAUACUAGAAAUAACACCAUCCAAGCAAAAAUGUUCGUCUGGAUCUAUUCUGUUUCGCAAAACGCUGAUCUUUAGUUACUGAGCAAGAGCAGAUUGCAACAUUCCACAAUGGCAGUAAAAUAGAGGCGCAACCAACUUAAGUUGUAAUGGAGUGGAAUUUAUUCUUUCCACACAGAGUUCGGCCUAAAUAUGCGCCACGUUGCUAAAAGAGAGAGUGAGAUCCAUCAUGAUUUUCAGCAACCCAAAAAAGUUUUAAAAAGUAAAAUCUGUGAUCUUCUUUGUACGUACUUUUAAAUAUGGAUAUAAGUGGAUUUAAAAAAAAAAAAGAAAAAAAAAGAGGGUGAGUCUAUUAUUUUUCAAGGUUUUUUUCCCCCCCACCAUUAUUUUAUUGUAAGUUUAUCAACUUCAAUUUGUGUAUUUUCGAUGGUCUUGCUAUAUGUUAAGCGUUACUAAAGAUUAUUCCGGUGCUGCCCCAGCAUGACGGCAUCAGUCCGUGUUGUAGAUUUAAGGACGACUCAAUGACAGGACGACGCAACGCUAAUAGAUUUUGAACAAUGAUGUCUGAAGGUUGUGCUUGUUUAGGAAUUAUUUAAUAUUAGAAAGCGUGUCGCAGUCAUCUUUUUAAAGAUACCAACUUUUCAAUCAUGUAAGACCCUUCUAAAUGACGUGUUUGUUUUAGUGCUUUCAAGAAACUAGAAACUGUUCGUAUUUUUGUUCCGGUAAAAA